AUGCAGAUCAAAUCAAACCAUGCCUAUCUAACGCUGCUACUCAGCAUUCUUCCCCUCCUGCUAGUUCACGGGGCUAACGUGACUCUGCCAAGCCUAACAUCAUGCGAACCUGCUGAAAUCCUCAUAUCCGCCACUGGCAACUACACCAUCCAAGGCCGAGACAUUGCCACCCACAAACUUGUCUUCCAUGAACAUAUCGACCAAGGUGUCGAUCAUGUCACCUGGAACCCUGUCGACCUACCUCCGAAUUCAAUCGCUCUAAUCUCCAUCCUCGAUCAAACAUCUCCCUCUACGACCUCUCUCACCUCUUCUCAAGCUGCCAUCUUGCCCAACGCGCUCGGCAACACUAGCUGUUUGGCCAGAGACAAAGGCAGACGUAAGACAACAGGGGCCCAGAAGACAAUGGUUGCAACGAUCAUAGGCAUUGUACUCGGAGCCUUCUUUCUUUUGGUUCUUCUGUUGGUAAUAGGUAUGAUGUAUAGGAGGAAGAAGGAGAAAGAGGUUAAGGAGCAGGAUGAUUGUGUUGAUCAUAGUUGUGCGGGAGAGCAGGUGAUUGCAGGGGGAAGUUAUAUGCAGAGGUUGGUACCAGGGUUGUCGUUGCAAGAUGCAAAACCACUUCCAAGAGAUAGGAGCACGGAGAGGGAACAGUUGGAUUGGGCUAGUACAAGACGAGCUAAUCGCCAUUGCAAGGAAAACACAGGAGGAGGAGCAGGAGGAGCAGGAGGAGCAGGAGGCGGGUUUGAAUUGCCGAACUACAACCCAACGCCGGCAACCAGGGGCAAUGCAGAUAGUGCAAGAGAAGCGAAGACCAAAGAUCCGUUUGCAAGUCAACCUAACUCACCCUACAACCCCACUCAACAACAGCAACAACAACACAACAAACACAAAGCAACCGAACAAGAUAACCGCCAAUCCACCUUCUAA